AUGAAUAUUUUCCGUCUCGCCGGUGAUUUGUCCCAUCUAUUCGCCAUUGUCAUUUUGCUGCUUAAAAUAUGGAAGUCUAGAAGUUGCGAAGGAAUAUCUGGCCGCUCGCAGAUUCUGUACGCUAUUGUGUUCAUCACAAGAUACUUGGAUCUGUUCACCAACUUUUAUUCGCUGUACAACAGCGUUAUGAAGUUGUUCUUCCUCGCCAGUUCCAUCGGAACCGUUUAUCUCAUGUGGUUCAAAUUCAAAGCAACAAACGACAGAAACAAUGACUCGCUUCGCAUCGAAUUCUUGUUGGUCCCAUGCGCUAUCCUUGCUCUUAUUAUUAACCACGAAUUUUUGUUCAUGGAGGUUCUCUGGACUUUUUCGAUCUAUCUCGAAGCUGUCGCCAUCAUGCCGCAACUCUUCAUGCUCUCUAGAACUGGAAACGCUGAAACAAUCACCGCUCACUAUUUGUUCGCCCUCGGAUCAUACAGAGGACUUUAUGUUCUUAACUGGAUCUACAGAUAUUACACUGAGAACUUUUUUGACCCAAUCGCUGUUGUUUCCGGAAUCGUUCAAACCGUCCUUUACGCCGAUUUCUUCUACCUUUACAUCACCCGUGUUCUCCAAUCCAAUCGCCAGUUCGAGAUGUCCGCAUAA